AUGUCGUCAUCGUGGGCAGCGCAUGACUUGGGCCAAAUCGAGCACACAAGUGUGCUCGUGGUGGUCCGUAGACGCCACCUGGCUGCUUCACUUGCUCGAAUUCGAGCCACAACACCACACCUGCGCACAUCCGAGCUCCGACCACCGUGCCCGCUACCCGUGGCUAGCGCUACUCACUCAGCAUCCCGCCGCUUCUCCCGGCGGUUCUUCGCCCCUGCACCGGUGCUCCGCUCCUGCGCCUGCUGCCCGCUUGCCUACACCCCGUCACCGCUGGGCCCCCUCGGUCGCACGCCCGCUGCCGUCACCAAGACCUGCCCACAGCUCCUGCUCGCCAUCGCCGUGCCCGAGCUCCCGGCGAGCUCAUGGUCGCCGCGACAAUGUCCGCAUUCCCUGCGUGCCCAUGCGCUCGUGUACGCUCGCCCGCCGUCCGCCUCUGCUCACUGCCUCUGCUCUGCUGCAGCUGCGCUGCCGCUAGCUCCGGCCGCCACCACUGUCGCGCCCGCCGCUUCUCUGCCCCGGCUCGGCCGCUCCGCGCGCGCCCACCAAUGCCCGCCGCACGCUCCUCCGCUGCCCACCGCACACACCGCCGCGGCCAGCGCCCCUCCUCUGCCGCUUCCGCCCUCCGCCGUGGCCUCUGGCCACCAGAAGUAA